AUGCAAAGCGUGGGCGAGGUCAUGGCCAUUGGAAGAACCUUUGAGGAGACCAUCCAGAAGGCUUUGCGGAUGGUGGAUGAAACCAGUCUGGGAUUCGAUCACAUCCGCUUUGAUCUCGAACUCAACCGCCGUGGGUCCGUUUCGUCCUCCCAGAAGGGAGAGUCCGCAGGUGCGUCUUUGGAGGCAGAGAUCAAGAAGGAGCUGGCCCAUCCAACUCCCGUGCGAAUGUGGGCCAUUGCCAAGGCCUUCGAACAUGGUAUGAAUGUGGAGGAAGUUCAUGAACUGACCAGUAUUGACCGCUGGUUCCUUUCGAAGCUUCAUGGUUUGCACAUGAUCAAAGGCACGAUGAAGUCCAUGGACUUCAAUCAGCUUCGCAACCAGCCAGAGCUGCUGAAGGAGGCCAAGUUGCGCGGAUUCUCGGAUCGUCAGAUCGCUGCCUUGGUGUCAGAGCCUGAAAAGAUGGAGUACGUCGCUUCGCCGGCACUUCUUCCGGUUGACUACGGCUCCUUGCGCUACACAGGAGGUCCUGUGAGCGAAGCACACAUUCGUCACCUGCGCAAGAAGCUUGGCAUCGUACCGGUGGUGAAGCAGAUUGACACGUUGGCGGCUGAGUACCCAGCAGAGACAAACUAUUUGUACCUCACCUACUCUGGUGAAGAGCAUGAUGUCGACCUGGCGGGCAGUGAGAAGCAAUGCUCAGAUGUCAAAGUCACUGACUUGACACCUGCCAUUCCUGAGCCUUUGACGUUGAAGUUCCAGGCUCAGGGCUCUGACUCCAAAGAAGAGGCCGAAUCGCGCAUCAUCGUUCUGGGCUGCGGCCCUUACAGGAUUGGAAGCAGCGUGGAGUUCGACUGGUGCAGUGUGUCCUGCGUCCGUACUCUCAGGUCUUUGGGACACAAGGCAAUCGUCAUCAACUGCAAUCCCGAAACGGUGUCCACGGACUUCGACGAGUCGAACCGCUUGUACUUUGAAGAACUGAGUCACGAGCGUGUCAUGGACAUCUCUGAGUUGGAGACGCCGCGUGGGGUGGUGGUGUCCGUUGGUGGCCAGACACCCAACAACUUGGCCUUGGGCUUGCACAGGUGUGGUAUCCGCAUUUUGGGUACUUCAGUCGAGGCAAUUGAUGCAUGUGAAGAUAGGAACAAGUUUAGCCAGCUUUGCGAUCGAUUGCGCGUGGACCAGCCUGAAUGGUCGGAGUUCGCUACAUUGGAGGAAGCGCGCCGAUUCUGCACAGUCGCUGGCUAUCCAGUUCUCGUCCGGCCAUCGUAUGUCUUGAGUGGUGCAGCUAUGCGCGUGGUCACCAAUGAUGACGAGUUAGACAUUUUCUUGAAGACCGCGGCAGUGGUGAGCCGAGAUCACCCUGUAGUGAUCUCGAAAUACAUCACCGGCGCCAAGGAGGUGGAAAUGGAUGCGAUUGGCAACGAAGGCGAGUUGGUGAACUAUGCCAUUGCCGAGCACAUCGAGAAUGCUGGUGUACACAGUGGAGAUGCCACUCUACUUCUGCCUGCCCAGCGCCUCUUUGUGGAGACCCACCGACGAGUCAAGAGCAUUUCGCAGAAGUUGUGCAAAGCGUUGAAGAUCUCAGGGCCAUUCAACAUCCAGUUCAUUUGCAAGGACAACGAAGUCAAGGUCAUUGAGUGCAAUCUGAGAGCUUCGCGAUCCAUGCCCUUCAUUUCCAAGACCUACAAUGUGAACUUCAUUGAACUGGCAACGCGCAUCAUGACUGGCUUUCCUGUCCAUGCAGCCAUCAUCCAACCGAUGGAUAUCGACUAUGUUGCGUGCAAAUGCCCUAUGUUCUCCUUUGGAAGGCUGAAGAAUUCGGAUCCUCGCCUCGGGGUGGAAAUGUCUUCAACUGGUGAAGUGGCUUGCUUCGGCGUGAAUGUCCACGAGGCGUUCUUGAAGGGCAUGCUCGCUGCAAACUUCAAGCUUCCGAAGAAGAACAUUGUGAUCUCCCUGGGUCCCAACAGUGCCAAGCACGAGUUCGUGAGUACAGGCGCAGCCAAGCAGCUUCAGGAGAUGGGCUUCAGCCUGUUUGCAACCAAGAGCACCUCGGACUACCUGUCGAAGCAUGGAGUGUCUUGCAGCCUGGUCUACAAGCCAUUGAUCAAGAAAGAGCCAAACGUGCUCACCCUCCUGCAAGCCGGCAAGAUGGACAUGAUGAUCAAUGUCCCAGAUUCCAUGGACUCCAAUGGAAUGACCGAUGGCUUCAAAAUGCGUCGGGGUGCCAUCGAAGCCGGUGUACCAUUGAUCACCGACAUCAAAACGGCCAUCUUCACAUGUGCGGCCAUCCACAGGAAGUGGUUGCGAGAGAGCAGUGGUAAAUCUUUCUGGGAUGUGUGCUCAUGGCAGGAAUAUGUUGAGAUCAUCGAAAGGCUGAAUUGA